AAUAAUAACACGCUGGCAGCCACCUGUCAUUGGAUUUUCAUGACUCAAAUUCAGCCGUUAGAUCAAUCCUCCUAUAAAUAAAUAACCUUCGCUCGCCUCGCAACUCUUCGUUUACCUUUCACUGCUGCGUCACAGCACUUCUCGAAGCGACGGCUGAAAUUCUGAUAAAGAAAAGAGGAUUUCGAUGGAUCCAGACGCUGUAGCAAAGGCGUUCGUCGAUCACUACUACUCGACAUUCGAUGCGAACCGAGCCGGUUUGGGAAAUCUCUACCAGGAAGGUUCCAUGUUGACUUUCGAAGGCCAAAAGAUCCAAGGCUCUCAAAGCAUUGUCGCUAAGCUAACCAGCCUUCCUUUCCAGCAGUGCAAGCACAAUAUCACCACCGUCGAUUGUCAGCCAUCCGGCGCCGGUGGCGUGCUCGUAUUCGUCUCUGGCACACUACAACUGUCCGGCGAACAACAUGCUCUCAAGUUCAGCCAGAUGUUUCAUUUGAUGCCAACGCCACAAGGAAGCUUCUAUGUUUUGAAUGACAUAUUCAGGUUAAACUACGCGUGAAGAGACACAAUUCGCUAAGGUUAAUCAAGAGAUGGAAAAACACAAUCUCUCAAGGAUUUAUAAAUCAAUCCAGUUAUCUCUACCUUCGGUUUUAAGACAUUUUAAAUGAAAAAUGGAAAUAUUUUGGGGGUCUUGAUUAUGUUGGUAUCAUGUUCCAAUUAUGGUUUUCAUUUCCACUCCAUAUUUCUUCAGAGACUUCUGUUGUGAUUGGUUGAGUUGGUGAAGGACGCUGUCGUAUGAAUUUGAUGUUUGAUUAAAGACAUUUUUCUUAAUCAAAGCUUAUGGCUUUCUGAA